AUGACUGAACCAAAGCGAGUCGCUGUCGUAGGAGGGACCGGCAACCUGGGCGGCUCCGUCGCCCUCUCGCUGCACCGGAACAGCGCCUUCAAUGUCCGCGUCCUGUCUCGCAACGCAGAGGCCCCGAAAGCCAACCGGCUGGCACAGCUGGGCAUCGAGGUGGUGACGGCCAACGGAUGGGAUGUCUCGGCUCUCGACAAGGCCCUGGCGGGGUGCUGGGCUUUAUUCAUCAACAUCGACUCUGAUAACCCGAAAAUCCCACUGACCGAUAUUGAACUUGAACAGGAGGAACAAUGGAAAUCAGGCAAGCAGCCGUCAGAGUUCGACAUGGGCAAGAAUAUCAUCGACUGUGCCGUGAGGGCAGGGGUCAGACACCUCGUCCAUGCCUCGUUGCCCGCCGCCUCCAAGCUGACAGACGGCCGCGUUCCGAUGAUUUCUUUUGACGAUAAAUCGCGGAUUUCGGAAUAUAUGAUGGCCGCCGUCGAGACACACGCCAUCGAGACUGGCACGGUGGUGAACGCCGGCUGGUUCCUCGAAAACGCGUUUGACCCCAAAUACAUCGUCUCCUUUGGCGGGUUUGCAGGCGCUGUCGAUCCCGACGGAUACCUGACCUGGAAGACGCCGCCGAUGGGCAACAAGCCAGAGUCAGUGCCCUGGCUAGCGGUGGCGGACGACUACGGCGAUCUGGUGCACGGCGUGCUCCUGGACCCGGCCAGAUGGAAUGGCCAGUAUAUCGACGGGGUGUCGGAAUCGAUGGGCUUUGGCGAUCUGACGUGGACCUUUCAGAACGUGACCGGCAAAAAAUCUCGCUAUCUCCCUGUCGACAACGGCGUCCUGACAGCCGGCGAGGCCACCAAAACAAAGGAAGUCAACGGUCUCUUCGAUCUCAUGCACGCCCUGCACGGCUGCUUCUUCAACGGGCGGCCCACGGAGCAUGAAAAGGCGCGGCUCCUCAAGCAGGCGGCGUUGGCGGCCACCGGGCGCCAGGGGGGGUUGAUGACUGUCGAGCAGUUCUUUCGCAAAUACGCAUGAAGCCAAUAUGAACAUUACUCGUAUACUUGUAUUUGCAAUUCCUAGUGGAGCU